ACAUUUCAAAACCCAAAAUCAUAAAAACAAACGAGAAAACAAAAACUGUUACAUAAUAGAACCAAAAUAAAAGAAGAAGAAAAAAAAAAACAUAGUUCGAGGAAUCCGAAGAAGAAGAAAAAUGGCGGCUACAAACUCAGAAUGUGAUUCUAAGAAAAAUGCAGAGAAACCAAAUUUCGAAACAUUUCAAUUAUUUUCCUCUUCCGUAGGUUCUGGUUUCGGAAUAUUUGAUGAUGUUUCACAAAAUGUUAAUGAUAUACCUCCACCUCCUUGUGUUGAAGUUCUUGUUUCUGAAUCAGAGGUCCCUUUAUUUGUUAAACAUAAUGCUGAGGAAGUCAAUUUUGAUGGGGUUACUUUGUUUAAGGGACGGGUGAAUACUCAACAAGUUUUUGGUUUAUCCAACUUUGAUUUAGUUCCUGGGAAAUACGAAGGAGGACUGAAGCUGUGGGAAGGUUCAAAUGAUCUAAUUAAAGCCCUUCGUUCAGAUAUCAAAAGUGAGCUUAUUUCAUUUCGUGGGAAACAAGUAUUAGAGGUGGGAUGCGGUCAUGGACUUCCAGGAAUCUAUGCUUUGCUUGAGGGGGCGGCUGUUGUUCAUUUUCAAGAUUUCAAUGCCGAGGUCCUACGAUGUCUCACAAUUCCCAAUGUAAAUGCCAAUGUUUCUGGAGGAUCGCAACCAUCGCCGUCUCGCUUGACAAAUGACAAGGCAGAAGUUCGCUUUUUUGCUGGUGACUGGAGUGAAGUCGAUAAACUGCUCCCUCAUGUCGGUACAGAUGCGAAACACAAUGAAGGUUUUGGUUAUGAUUUUAUUCUCAUGGCGGAGACAGUUUACUCAAUCAACAGUCUUCAAAAUCUCUACAAUCUAAUCAAGAAGUGCUUGCUACGUCCUCAAGGAGUUGUGUACAUGGCUGCAAAGAAGUAUUACUUUGGAGUGGGCGGAGGAACUCGGAGAUUUCUGUCUGUGGUGGAAAAAGAUGGCAUCUUGACUAGUAACAUGGUUGCCGAAAUCACAGAUGGUUCGUCUAAUGUGCGUGAAGUAUGGAAGCUUUCAUUCAAGUAGUGCUGGUGUUUUCCUCCACCGUUCACACCAUCCCUCGUUUGUUUGCUCAAGUUUAUGCAUGCCUAAAUGGAGGCUGUUGUAAGGGUGAUGGUGGUUAACCCGAAAUGAUGGAUCAUUCAUGUAUUGUUGUGGAAAUUGAACUAUAAAGAAUGGAUAAUAUAUUGUUUUUCUUUCUUUUGUCAAUUGUAUCUUCUAGUGGUUAAUGCAAGAAAGAAAAAAAAACUAUUAGCUUGUUUUUUGUAACAUUAAUGUUGACAAUAGCAUUGCUGGAGAACCUGUUACUACUAAUCCCUAA